AUGACUUUCAAGCAGAACCUUGGAAGAUAUUUUUUGGUCAUGAUGUUUCUCUUUGCUGGGACUUAUAAGAUGAUCCACCCUGGAUCUUAUCAAAUUUCAACUCUUGGAAAUAUUGUUAAGAUUGGGAACUUCAUUAAAGUGAAUACAGGCUAUGAGGUGCCAAUCCCUGCAGAAUUUCUUACUCUAAAUUCAGAAUAUAUAGUCUAUGCUAUCGGUGGCCUGCAGAUUUUAUCCAGCUUACUAAUCCUCUUAAACUACAGAAUUGGCACAAUCUUCCUGACUUUUAUGAUGAUCUACUUUUCAGUGACGACAAAUAACCCAUUGAAUUAUUCCAAAAGAGAAGAAAAAAUCGUAAACACAAUGAUGGUUUUCCUUAAUAUCGGAGUAAUAGCAGCGCUCUUCAUUUUUUGCAGCAAACCAGCUAAGCAAAAGAUAGACUAA